AUUUGGUGACGGUAACAAACGAAAAUAGAUCAAACUUCGAUCCUUGGUAUAAAGGCCCAUUCUCAAUCGUUAGCUGCGACAAUGUAAACUGUGAUCUAAGAAACCUUAAAGACAAUAAGAUUAUUACAGUGCAUAAAAACAGAGUGCAGUUAUAUAGUGAACAAAUAAAUAUAUAAAUAGUGUGCGAUUCGGAAGUAAUUUAAGAUUAAGUACUAUUUAUUAAGUAGGAAUAGGAAACGUAUUUUUGGGUAGCAAUUAUUUUUGGGAUUUAAUAUUUAGUUUUAGAAAAAGGGAUCCCUAUAUCAUAACUUGUAGACGCAAUAAAUUUUACAAUGAAAGAAUGUCUAGGAUAUACUUCUAUGAAUUCUCAGUCAGAUAAAUCAGUUGUUAUUAGUAGGCAUAAUAGCAAUCUCAAAAUAAGUGAAUACGAACUUGCUGAUUUAAAAAUAGGAUUUAAAAUUUUUUUGAAUACUGACAAUCAAACAUUACUUUCAGAAGCUAUUGGGAAAGCUUUGACCCUUUUAAAAGUGGAUGCGAUAAAUGAUGCAAUAGUAACUUUAAAACAAAAGUCGUCAGAGGAUGAAAAAGAUGAUCUACAAAAAAUAAAAUCAAUGUGGAAAGUUUUAGAAGAUUUAGUUGAGGUGGGAAAAAUUAAACAAAUUGGAGUCGCUGAUGUGGAAGAGAGAACAUUUAAAGCACUUCAUGAAUGGGCUAAAGUUAAACCCAGUAUUAUCCAAGUAAAUUUAGCCACCUGUUGUAUAGUACCACCAACAUUACAAGCUUUUUGUAAAGAAAAUGACAUUAAAUUAUUAACACAUAGUGAUGCGGCAGAUAUGUUACCAGCAGAGUCAAUACAAAAUUUAUUUGGUAAACCUUUGUUGUUGCAGUGGGCUUUACGAUUUUCAAUACAUGUGAAAUGUAGAGGUGUACUUACAACCAAGGGAUAUUUAUUGAAUUUUAUAAAACAAUAGUAUCUAAAUGAUGAUAGUAUUGAUUAGUCAAGUUAUUGUGUUAUAUUAGAUAAUUGUUAUUUUGUUAAUAUUGUAAGCUGUAAGUGGUUUAUAUUAUGAGAAAUGAUAUAUUAUGUAUCAAUUUGAUUGUUGUAAUUGUUAUUUGCGAACUAUAUUUAUUCAGUAUUUAAUAGAGUGAAAGUUUAGUAGUAAGGUUAUAAAAACAUUAUGCAGGUUUGUAUAAUUUCAGCUUAAUUGAAAAAUUGCUUGAACAAUACUGAAUAAAUAUUUCAAAUAAUAUAUUUCAGUAGAUUUUUUUAUAAGGUGGAAGUUUCAUAAGAAAAUUGUAUUUCAAACAUAAAAA